AUGUUAACAAAACUGAUUCUACUCAUCUCCUUGUUUCAUUUAAUGCAAUGCUUGUCAACACGAAGUAACAUUUGGUGGAGCCGACGCAAUGACGAAGCACAGAAAGAUUGUGACAUUGAAUUUACAAAUGAAAAUCCAUCAUUGGAAGCGAAAAUUUGUGGUUAUUGUUUCGCUAAAUGCCAACAAAAAUUUGCCGCCUGCCUUUUGGCUCAAAUGAGCAGUGCCGUAGACGGCUCGUUGGAUUUAUGUCAAGAAAAGUCAUCUGAAUGUGAACAAAGCUGCUUUCACGACAAACGAACAAGUCGAAUCGCUGAAGCCAAUUGGGCUAAAGUCGUUAAAAUCUUGCAACAAUUUCACAAUCAUGCACCAUCGCAGGAUGUGGAGAAGACAAGUCAAUAG